CACCCCAGGACAGGAAGCUGGUAUACAGUGGUUGCAACGGGUCAAGUCUUCUUCUGAUCCUACAGAAAAAGCACUAGAAAACAUAAUGGAGAGAGGAUUCGCUACACUUAAAACUCAUCGCCUUGUACAGAAGAGUGACCAGGUUUUGGUUUGGUAUGAUGGACAGAUCGCCAGAAUGUUAGAUCUACAAGAGUUCCGAACAGUUAGCUCUGAAAAGGAUAAUAUAGCCUUUAAAUGCCUAAAGCGUGGCACCAACUUCCACAGCCUGGCAAGGGAUGUGGAGCAGGAACGGACUAACCAUUCAGACAAUGAAAAAACAGUAUUGCUUGAGAAGACCAACCAAAUGGAUGAAUGUAACAAGCGUGAAGAGUCUUUAGUGGGGAUGGAAUUCAAAAGUGGGGCGUGGUGGAAGAUAAAGACAGAAAUGUCCGAACAUAAGCUGAGUGCAUUUAGAGAAGUUUAUAGAACAAGUGGACUUCAGGGUACAGGAGGCACACGGAUAAACUUUAUGGGCAGCGCCUUCUCACCUGUUCCAGCAAGACUAGGAAAUAAAACUAGCACUCUCUUUAAAUCUAGUAAGAGUUUAGGAGUUGAAUCUUUUAUAAAUGAUACAAUAGACACCACAGCAAUGAAGAAUGAUCUUCUAAUGUCUUACGAUUUCUUGACACUAGCAAAUUCCUUUCUUCCCACAUCGGAAAUCUGGCCUAAAUCUGAGAUACCAAACCCUCCGCAGGUGCUUCCUCCAACCUUCACAACCCUUGGGUCUACGGCACAAAUCUGGUGUGCCAAAUGCAGACUUUCGUUUCGUAUGACCUCUGAUCUUGUCCUUCAUAUGCGAUCAAGACACAAGAAGGAGACGGGUGGUACCAUCCUGGCAAAAAGACCAAGAGAGCUGCAACUGUCCUGUCCUGUUUGUUAUGCCUACUUUAGGGAACGUCACCACUUGUCCCGUCACAUGACUUCACAUUGCUGAGGAAUUGCUUGCUGCAUCUGUUAAUUCGUAGAGGAUAUGCAAAGGGUCCAAUGGGGCGAUAUGCAAUGCACAUAGGGUGCUUUUACGUUUUGCGUAAUAUUGCAUAGAUUUCAGGACACACAAUUACAGAGGAAAAGGCUCAUCAAGGAGAACCUCUCACAAACCCCAGCAGUUUUGGGUCAGAGGAAGGCAGAAACAAAUCCUGGUUAACGAAGGAACUGUGGUCCAAUGUGCAUUAUCGGGUAGAACAACUCCUUCCUGAACCAAGCAGGCAGUCAUUUGAUAUCCCCAGAUUAAAUCCAAACUAAACUUUAAGCUUAAAGCAGCUAAAAACAUUCCACAUGCAUUAAAGUGGAUGUAAACCCACUCUCAUCCUUUCUAAACUACUGCCAU